UCUACUUCCUCUCUCAUAUGUUUUAUUAGACAUUGACAGUUUGAACUUUAAGGAUGAAAGAGGUUAGUGGAGGAGGAGGUAGGAAACAAGGUGCAGCCUCACCAUGUGCUGCAUGCAAGCUUCUAAGAAGAAGAUGUGCUCAAGAUUGUGUUUUUGCUCCUUAUUUCCCUGCAGAUGAGCCUCACAAAUUUGCUAAUGUUCACAAAGUCUUUGGUGCUAGCAAUGUUAACAAGAUGCUUCAGGACUUACCUGAACAUCAAAGAGGGGAUGCAGUGAGUAGCAUGGUGUAUGAGGCAAAUGCAAGAGUGAGAGAUCCUGUGUAUGGGUGUGUAGGUGCCAUUUCAUCACUUCAGCAACAAAUUGAUGUGUUACAAACCCAAUUGGCUGUGGCACAAGCUGAAGCAGUGCACCUAAGGGUGCGCCAAACUGCAUCAUUUUGGAACAACUCAGGACAUAGCCCAACCUAUAGUGGUUCUCCAUCAUCCAACAAAAUCAAUGAUUCACAACCCAAAAAUAUUUUUGAUAUGGACAUGGUGGUGGACCAAGCUGGCUAUGCUGAUUCAAUCUGGUGACUGCUCAUGCUAUUAAUAUUCAAAAUAUAAUAAUUAUAUACUACUAGUAGUACCUAUUAUUUAGACUAUGAAAAUAUACUAUACAAAACAAGGGUGACAUUAUUUUUUUUAAAGUAAUGUCAUUUAAUUUAUAAUUAGUGGAGUAGUACUUGCACUAGUUUCACUUCAAUUAGUAGAGUAGAACUAAAACUCUAGAAGCAGUGGUGGCUGAGGCCGUUCGCCCGCUUGAUUGAUUUGGUUAUAGAUUUCUCAUUUAUGAAAUGAGAUAUAUAUAUAUGUAAAUAUAUAUAUAUAUAUCACUUGACAUUAUAUUAAGGGUAAAGUUAUAUGGUUGGAUUGUGGAUUCUUCAAGGCUAAAAGACAGGAUGGAGUAUUGUAAUUUUGCUUUAGUGAUGCUUGAGUUUAUCUUUUGCAGUUUACAAGGAAGAUGCACCUAGCUAUUGGCAUUUACUUAGUUUUUCACAAGUAUUGCUGCUUCUUUGUAAUGCUGGGGUGUUGCUAUACAAUUAUCAUUUUGAGGAUUUAUAUAUUAAUUAUUGUGUUUCUUUUCUUAUGAGUUUUCUUUACCUUUUGUUC